GUCACGCGCACGAUUGCGAUAGGGCGUGCAGCGGUAGCUGGCUAUACGAUAACGACGGCAACAGCGACGCACCACCGGUAGCAGCGGCGGCGGCGGCGACGACUACGGAUUUGUUUUGCCUAUGGUUUAUUUUUCUACCGUCCUUAGCCGGUUAAUACGAUCGUAACAAUCAACGAGCGCGGACGAAUCGCAUCGAUCACUAUAAUAUCUUUGACAGUGCACAAUAAUAUCAUUUUCUAAUACGCACGUCGAUUGAUUGCACGCGAGAUGACCAGCGUUUCGGAGAUACUGUCGUACGACAAGUCGGACCAAGACGAUUACUAUCAAAUGUUGGGAUGCGAUCAGACGUCUACGGUGGAACAAAUAAGCGCCGAAUUCAAAGUAAGAGCUCUUAAGUAUCACCCGGAUAAAAACUCCGGAGACAAGAAGGCCGAAGAAACGUUCCAGAAACUUAAUGAAGCCAAAGAAACACUGUGCGAUCCAGAAAAGCGGGCAACUUACGACAAAUGGAAGAAUAGCGGCGUGGCCGUUAGCUAUAAAACCUGGCUGAGCAACAAAGAACAUUUCCAACAAUCUAUGCACUGGGCACAAAUGAAUACUAAAGACAGAAUGCUUCCGGAAGGUGGUGAAGGGGCUUCGUCUUCAGUGGCAUCCAGGAGAGCAUCUGAAGGUGGAGUUAACUUAGGAGCCAAUAAAGUAAAAUGGGACACCAAGUCUAAUGCGGACAUUAUUAAUAAGUUUCGCAAUUACGAGAUAUAAGUCACGCGUAGAUAUUGUCCAGAAAAAAAAAACAUUCCUUCGUCGAAUAAAAUACUUUUAUCCGUGAUUUGUAAAUUCAUAUAAUUUGUACCUACUUAUGUAUACUAUAAUAUACACAUUAUACUGAUUCUUAUAAGCCACAUCUUUACCCGAAAGCCUGAGAAGUGAAACACGAUAAAUAAUAAUUUAUUAUAACUGCACCUUAAAAUCAACAAUAUUACUAUUAUUAUUCGAUCACGCUUACUUUUAAAAGGGUAUAAAAUGAAACUUUUUAGGGUACUUAAUGUAGAGUGAAUAUUUUUUCUUCUCAGACGUUUGGGUGUAUCUAUCUAAUUAAUAUUGAAUCUUCAAAAAUGUCUCUUCUAAUUAUUUCAAAACACAAUGCUAUUCAACUAGUUACUGUCUAGUCAAUAAAUUGCAAAUGAUAUUUCAUGUUCACGAUUAAUUUAACGAUAUUUCGAGUCUAGAAGAUUACGUUACUCAAACCUAAUUAAUGUAGUUUGAUAUCCGUCUCGCAAAACACAAAUUAAUUGUAGCAUCAGAACGUAGAAUUCUACGUUUCAAAAACGUAAUACUAAUAAUAUUGAUAUAACAAUAUAAUAAUAAUAUGCUAUUGUAUGUUAUUAUAAAUUUAGAA